AUGCCGCUGCCCCUGCUUCUCCACCCAGAGCGCCACCGCUGGUGCCGCGGCCGCCGGAGACGUCCCGCCGCCGCGAUCGCCCGCGCUCGCCUCUGCCUCCCCGGGCCGCUCCUCAACUCACCAAGGCACAGCCGCCGAGCUCGGCAGACACAUGUGAGUAGCCAAGUGCAGAGGGUGUCUCCGGGUGUGUGCGUGGCCCACGAGAGGGCAAGAAGAGAGAAGGCGGGGAUAGGAGGGAAGAGGGUGGGGGUGAGAGGCAGCCCUGAGAGGGCGGAGGAAGGAAGAGGCUGGGAGCUCGGCGCCCGCGGCGCAGCUGCCGUCGCUGCCGCAGCUGUCCAGGGAGGAUCGCCAAAACGGCGACGAAUAAACAACUUACCUUGCGGAGAAGAGCUACGACUGCGAUGCGGUGUACGGUUUUUUUUGCUUUUGCGUUGGCGGCGUAGGGGCUGUUACUGUGUCCCACCCAGGCGUGCACACCGAGCGGCGCGGCGCUGUGGAACGCGGGAGCGGACUAGCGGAGGAGGAUGCGGACCAAGCCCCAGCGACCCAAGGCAACUCGGAGUUACCUGGGGCAGCCCUGCGGGUCUCCGAGGAGAACCGAGGAGACGGGAGAAACAUGGGAGAGGGUGGCCUUUUCCCUGUUCACACACACACACACUCACGCAGCCACUGGCCGGGACAGUUCACACCCAUCUUCCUUCCCUGCUCCUUCCAGUCAUUCUACACCCGCUUGGUGCUGCCAGUGCGGGCAGGGCCUUGGAGCCCAAAGCGGAUCCCCACACUUGUCCCUACAGUCGGAAGGAAAGUAGAGGAGAGAAAGUCAGGAGCGGCAGGGCUAAGAGCGAUAGUGGCCCAAAUGUUCCUGGCCCGCCUGCUGCGCCACAGAGUCUGAAAAGCGGGUCUCCGUCUACCAGAAGGUGACCUCCACACAGCCCCUCUCCCCGAUCAACUGCAGCACCCAAGUACUGGCAACGUGGUUGGAGCUUUUGGGGGGAAUUAUGAAGAAAUCUGAAUAAAUUUCUCACCCCUCA